ACAGCUGGAAUUGUCACUAAGGGCAUUGAGCAUUUCGUUCAGCUCAUAGACCCAGAUGCGUCGGUUAACAUCAUCAAAGAGAAACCAAAGGCACUUCAAGGCAAGCAGACACACGUUUCAGAAAGUGGGUGGAUAGGAACGCAGUAAAAAUGAUCCAGGAAGCUGUGUGCCGCAGGAAACGAUUUUCCAAAGAAAAAUUGAUAGAAAUCCUGGAUGAACAAGGGAAAUGGCUGUCGAAAGAAACCGUUUCGACUAAAAUCAGAGGAACUCUUUGAAUCAGUAAGGCCAUGUGGACGUGGUGGGCAGGACACAUUGCCAGAAGAUCGGACAGCAGAUGGAGUCCUCGAGGACACUCAAGAAACAGGCCGUCAAAAGACCAGCUGGCGAGAUGGUCACGAUUGGCACAAGACCGGCAGAUGUGAUGCAGACUGGGGAAGGCCUAUGCCCAAUAUCGAUCUUUUCGAGGUUGAGGAAGAUUUCUGUAUCUGUGUAUUUCGGUAUCUGUGUUUGUGUAUUUAUCUGUGAAUGUGUGUAUUUGUCUGUAAAUUUGUGCUUAUUUGUGUCUUUACAUUUCUCAGUCUGUGUAUUUAUGGAACUAUUUAUUUGUCUGUGUAUUUCUGCAUAUGUUUGUGUGUAUUUGUGUCUGCGCAUUUCUGCAUGUGUAUGCCUGUGUUUUGUGUUUCCAUUUGUGUAUUUCUUCAUCUCGGUAUUUGUAUCUGUAUUUCUGCAACUAUGUAUUUUUACGCAUAUUUGCUUGUGGAUUUUGUGUGAAUGUUUCUGUACUGCAACAAUUGUGUAUUUGUGUCUGUAUUUGAUUCUGAAUUCGAAUCUGUGUAUUUGUCAGCAUAUCUACAACUCUGUAUUUGUGCAACGGUGUCUUCUAGCAUCGUGUCCUUCCACGUUCAAAUGGCCUUGCUGAUGGUUUCAAGGAUGCAUGAUAAUGUGCAAAGAAAAUCAUCAUACACAUCUUUUUGUAGCAAGUAUAACCAUAAUUUUCCGCAUAUUUCCCUUUUAUUUGAGCAUGCAGUUGUUUAUGUAUGUGUGUGUCUGUGCCUGAUUUUUGUCGAAACUGUUUCUUUCGACAGCCAUUUUCAGAAGACAAGAUCGCUCAAUGGCGUAUCCUUGUUCGUCUAAGUUUCUCUUUGUAAAAUCGUUUCCUAAGGCACACAGCUUCCUGCGAAAGGAAAAUACAAACAUGCCGACACUAUAAACCUACGAAAUGCGAAACUAGAAAAGAAUGGAAGGGUAGUAACGCAUACGUGUUAGCGUGUGAAUAUACAUACUAGUGUAUGUAUGUGUGCAUGUGUAUAUGUAGUUCUCCUUUCGUGAAUCAUUCGUUCGUUAACCGGAUCAUUUUUACUGCGUUCCGAUCUGCCCACUUCCCCAAACACGUGUCUUCUUGCCUUGAUGUGCCUUCGGUUUCUCUUUGUUGAUGUUAACCGACGUAUCUGGGUCUAU